UGGAUAUGUAAAUUUAUAUACUGCUAGAAUGAUGUGGACUCUCAAAUACCUAUAGAAAAGCGUUACUGUAAACACAAAUAUAAUCUCUGAGUAAAAUUGGUUAAAUAUAUACUUUUCAUGGUGCUUGAAUGAAUUUCUACCGUCUAUAAUACUCCUGCGGAAAUUUGAACGUUCUGAAUGAAUACGUUUCUUUUAGCCAGAGAAUGGGGACAAGAAUCAAAUGCAUCUUUCCGACGCCAGCUGCUUCAGCAUCGUCUUCAGACUAUGGCUUUGUCGCAAAAUAAAACAAUCAAGCGAAGACAUGGUACCGGCCUCCUUGGCUCUGUAAACGCGCUGUCCAUAGAUAACACGACGCAUCAAUUUAUGAUUUCCGGAGGCGCCAAUUCUUCAAUUAAUGUUUGGAAUCUUGAAUCUCUUGAUUCAAAUGAUAUAGAUACAGUCAUGGAUACACAUAACGCGAUUCCUGCACGCUCUAGUCAUAGGUUUGGAAUUACUGAUCUGCAUUGGUUUCCUUUCGAUAAUGGUAUAUUCACCAGCUCCUCUUUUGACCAUACAUUAAAGGUUUGGGAUGCUGCUACAUUACAGGAGGCAUAUUCUUUUAACAUAGGUGAAAUAGUAUAUUCGCAUGCCUGGUCGCCAGUGGCUUCGCACUGUUUGAUUGCCGCAGCAUAUCGGUCGCCCUCUAUUCGUUUAUGCGAUAUGCAGAGCGGUAGUUAUACUCACAGUUUAAUCGGUCAUACAGGGAAUGUAUUGUCUGUCGCUUGGUGCCCGAAAAAUGAUUAUGUAUUAGGUUCCGGAUCUGCUGAUGGUACGGUUCGGCUUUGGGAUAUUCGAAAAGCCUCUGCGAGCUUUGCUUGUUUAGAUGUACAUAACAAAACCAAGCCAACAGAACAGACGGGAAGAUCUCAUUAUGGUACCGUAAAUGGCUUAGCUUGGACUGACGAUGGUAAUUUUCUUGUUAGCUCAGGAACUGAUGAUCGUUUAAGAGUUUGGGAUAUGAAAACAGGACUAAAUACUUUACGUGACUUUGGACCUAUUAUACAUAAUCAAACAACAUCCUUUGCUGUUCACCCUUAUAUUGUGACUCCCUCGGAAAAUGCCGACACGUACGUUUUGUUUCCUAAUGACGAUGGAUCUUUGGCAUUGGUAAAUCUUUUAGAAGGUUCCUUCGUGCAGCGUCUGUCAACUCAUGUUUUGAAGCGUAUCAAUUGCGUCUCUUACCGUCAAGACAAAGAACAAUGUUUCACGGGGGAUAUGAGCGGCAAUAUUCUAGUCUGGUGUCCAAAACCACUUCGUGAUCCGUUACAGGCUAGCGCAGUUGAAAAUCGUCGAAAUGUUCUUCAAGAAGUUUAUGAAUCUCUCACUAAUGUGGAAGUCACUUAUCAAUGAGUAAUAGUUUAUAUACGGUUUUUGGUGUUUAUCGUCUUUUGUCAAUAAAGAAAAUUAUAAUAAUAAUGAUGUGAAAUUUGCUCAUUCAGAAAUUUUAUUUAUUCUUGUUUUAGUUAAUCAUAUUCAUUAAUGGC